UCCGGCUUCAUUUCGCGAAGAGAACAAACAGAGACAGCGAACGAGUAGUUGGCGGCGGAGGCGGAGGCGGAGAUGGUGAAGUUCCUGAAGCCAAACAAGGCGGUAAUCAUCCUUCAAGGCCGAUACGCCGGCCGUAAGGCGGUGAUCGUCCGAGCAUUCGACGACGGCACGCGCGACCGCGCGUACGGCCACUGCCUGGUGGCGGGGAUAACGAAGUACCCGCGGAAGGUGAUCCGAAAGGACUCGGCGAAGAAGCAGGCGAAGAAAUCGCGCGUGAAAUGCUUCGUGAAAUUGGUGAACUACAACCACAUCAUGCCGACCCGGUACACGCUCGACGUGGAUCUGAAGGAUGUGGUGACGCCUGAUUGCUUGCAGUCCAAGGAUAAGAAGGUCACGGCGGCCAAGGAGACCAAAGCCCGGUUCGAGGAGCGGUUCAAGACUGGGAAAAACCGCUGGUUCUUUACCAAACUCAGGUUUUGAGUUUAAAGAUUGGAUUUUUUUCUGUUGUUUUUAGUUUUGAAGGAGCUCCAUUAGUAAAUUGAGAACGAGAUAUUUUAAUGUCUUUUGGCUCUUGAACAUGAAUUAUUUUGUUUAAUGUCAGAUGAUUUGAACAUGUUUGUGAUUUUACAUUGGCGUUGUCAUUUUGCUUUUUUUUUA